UUAUCUUCAAUAAUUUUAUCCAUUGAUUCUUCACUUUCAUAUGUCAGACCACCAGCAAGAAAGUCCAUCUCUUUAUCUUUAUCUAAAGAUCUUGAUUCCUCUUCUCCUCAACAGGUGCACGUUUCCAUGGUGGGUGCUGACAAGAUGAGGAUUUCAUGGAUAACUGAAGAUUCCGAUACACCGGCGACGGUGCAGUACGGUACAUCUCCGGGAAGUUACCCAUUUUCAGCAAAUGGAGACACUACAACAUACAAAUAUAUUUUGUACAACUCUGGUGAAAUACAUAAUGUUGUUAUUGGGCCAUUGAAGCCCAAUACAGUCUAUUACUACCGUUGUGGCCCAAUGUCAAGCCCAGAGUUCAGUUUCAAAACCCCUCCAGCUGGAUUUCCUAUCAAAUUUGCAGUUGUAGGUGAUUUAGGUGAAACAGAUUGGACAACGUCAACCCUCAAUCAUAUUGCAAAAUCAAAUUAUGACAUUAUGUUGUUGCCCGGGGACCUAUCGUACGCAGACACUCUCCAGCCACGAUGGGACUCGUUCGGCCGGCUGGUGGAGCUACUAGCAAGCCAACGCCCUUGGAUGGUGACUGAGGGCAACCAUGAGAUUGAGAAAAUAUCAAUGAUUCAUACACAUCCCUUUACAGCAUACAAUGCAAGAUGGCUCAUGCCAUUUGAGCAAAGUGGUUCAACUUCAAACUUGUACUAUUCCUUUGAAGUUUCUGGGGUUCAUGUCAUCAUGUUGGGCUCAUACACUGAUUUUGGGCCUGGUUCGGCCCAAUACAAUUGGCUAAAAAAUGAUUUGAAGAAAGUUGAUAGAACAAAAACUCCAUGGUUAGUUGUUCUUUUGCAUGCACCAUGGUACAAUUCCAACACUGCUCAUCAAGAUGAGUAUGAAUCUUAUGGCAUGAAGAAUUCUAUGGAGGAUUUACUCUUCAAGGCUCGUGUCAAUAUCGUUUUCGCGGGACAUGUUCAUGCCUACGAGAGAUUUACUCGAGUCUACAAAGACAAAGCUAACAACUGUGGUCCAAUAUACAUCACAAUUGGAGAUGGUGGUAAUCGGGAAGGCCUAGCCAGCAAGUAUUUAGAUCCGAAGCCGGAAAUUUCAAUAUUCAGAGAGGCAAGUUUUGGGCAUGGAGAAUUUGAUGUUGUAAAUGCAACUCAUGCACAAUGGUCAUGGCACAAAAAUGAUGAUGAUGAAGCUGUUGUUUCUGAUAAUAUUUGGAUAACAAACUUUGCUUCAGAUCCCUCCUGUAAACAAUAAAGGAAAACAAUAUUCAAAGUGGAAAAAAAAAAGAGAAUAAUAGAGAAUAUAUGUACACCUCUUGUGAGAGUGUAGAUUUAGAAGAAAAAAAAAAACUAGAAAAAAUUCAACUGUAAUAAUUUCAAGUCCAUGGGAAAAGGUGAAGCUAAUUCCAAGGAGCUGGCAUUAUUGUUACUUUCUUUAAACUUAUUAUAAGAUGGAUAUAUUCUCCUUAUACACACUAUUAAGAGUUCAAAGUUGCUUCCAAUCUCA